AUUUCAUAUCCGUACGUGGACGAACAGAUCACAAUUUGGAUGCUGGGCGUUGUCGCGUUUUUGGUACCAGCACUACUCAUCGCCAUCAUCACGAUAUUCUUCGUGCCAGGAAAGGAAGUACGAAGCGUGUCGACUCGUGCGCAGGUUUGGAGGUUGAAAUUGUGGGAGCUUGAGAAAGGUCUUGCUGGAUUAUGCUUCUCGGUGGCCGUGGCCUUCUUUGUGACCCAAGGAAUGAAGAAUAUGUUUGGUAAGCCGAGGCCAAACAUGCUCGCUCGAUGCGAGCCUGACCUGAACAGCAUUCAAGACCAUAUUGUCGGGGGCUACGGACAGGACAUCAGCAUUCGCUGGACGUUGGUAGACUUUGGAAUUUGCCAAUCCAAAGACGAGGCGAAGCUCAACGAUGGAUUUAGAUCUUUCCCUUCUGGACACUCAUCCUGGUCUUGGAGUGGACUACUCUAUCUCACCCUAUAUUUCUGCUCCAAGUUCGCCAUCGGCCUACCAUCGCUUCCAAUCAAUCAACAACCUUUGGCCAGGCAGCAGAAGCGCUCUUCGGAUCACGAGCUGCUCCCGCUUCACGCCAACCGAGCAAGAGGAGAUUCAGAAGAUACGAAGCAAGAGCACGACGACCAAACCUCGCCUGCUAAUGCAAUCUCUACGAGUCCGUUGUGGGUCAGGAAUUCUGCAGCGGCGCCUCCAAACUACCUCAUCAUCCCAGCUCUCACACCAGUCGCCGUGGCUGUCUAUAUAUGCUCAACACGAUGGGCAGAAUAUUACCACUUUGGCUUCGAUAUUAUUGGAGGCUCUUUGAUCGGUAUUGCGACGGCGUGGCUUGCAUUCAGAUGGUAUCAUCAACCCAUCGGUAGCAGAGGACAAGGCUGGGCCUGGGGUAGCCGUAGUAGAGAUAGAGCAUUUGCCAUUGGAGUCGGGACGGGAGGCUACGUUGGUGAU